AUGGAUUCGUUUGACACAUUGGGCUUGAAAGCUGAACUUCAGGAAGCGUGCUCACGAUUGCAAUGGUACAAUCCUACUCCGAUUCAAUCCUUAGUCAUCCCGCCUGCGCUUGAGGGUCGGAAUCUCGUUGCUCUGGCCGAAACAGGUUCAGGCAAAACUGCCGCGUACGCUUUACCAAUUCUGCAGAAGAUUUUGGACAAUCCCUCUACUUUUUUCGCUCUUGUUCUUGCACCCACACGAGAGUUGGCGGCUCAAGUGCAGACGCAGUUCGCGGCGUUGGGUAAGGCAUUCGGCCUCGUGGCUUUAUCCCUGGUUGGUGGAAUUCCGAUUACUCAGCAAGCGGACCAAAUGCAAGUGUCUCCUCCACAUAUUCUAGUAGCCACUCCUGGCAGAUUGGUCGACCAUUUCAAAAGAACGAAAGGUUUCGAUGAGUUCAAAUUUGCGAAUCUGCGUUUCCUAGUAAUUGAUGAAGCUGACCGGAUGUUGGGAUCGGACUUUGACUCCGUGCUGGAGAGGAUAUUAUGCGUCCUACCAACAACACGCCAAACUCUUAUGUUCUCUGCGACCAUGACAGAGAAAGGUGCUUUAAUUUAUUCUUUGGAUACAGCAUCUGAUGGCAUCACUGGGGCUGUGUUAUCUCAAGCAGCAACCCCAGCGUGUAGUUGA